CAAAAAAACCUUAACUAGCUGCCAACUAACAACAAUGUGCAAGAUAUCUGUAAUAAAAAUUGGCAAACAGUUGAAUUGUGUGAAAACAGUAAAAGCAACAGCAGCAGCAACAACAAUCGUAAAUUGCUGCUUGCCACAAAUAUAAAAGCGUAGCUUUGUUCGCCAGCAGCAACCACAGCAACAAUAACAAUACCAACUAUACAUAAGAAGACUUUGUUUGUUUUGUAAAAAUGUCCAAACUGUUGAAAAUCAAUUCACUCUCGUUGCUGCUGCUGAUGGCAACUGCGCUGCCCCCACAGCAACAGCAACAACAACUGCAGCAACAGCAAAUGCCAGCAACAGUUGCUGCAAUGAGCAGCACAGCAAAAACAACAAUACUUUUAAAUGCAACUGACAACGCUGCCACUUUCAUCGAUAGCAACUACAGCAGCACUAGCAGCAGCAGCAGCAACAACAUAAACAGCAAUGAAGCUUCCACCGCCAUCUAUGAGCAGCAGCAGCAGCAGCAACAACAACAGCAACAACCACAACAGCAACAGUCACAACCAUUGCAAUAUGCACAAAUAACGGCAUUAGAUAAAGAAGUAGUUUUCGGGCCUUAACAAAAGGCGGAGCUCCAGCAAAAAUGCGUAUUUAAAUGGAACGCAGCAGAAGUCACAAAACACCAACCAAAUGAAAACAAACCGUGGCUUUGGCAAGUGCUUAAAUUGCAAAUUAGCUGCGCCACGGCAACGAUGGCUGCAACAACAACUACAACUAACUACGACACGGUUUACGAUUGAGGGCGGAGGGAA